GUUACCUUCUAAAACGGCACAGGUUCCUACAACAACCACGCCAGCAACAGCAACCCCUGUGUGGCAGAAGACAACUUCUUCCUUGCCAAUGACCACAUCCAAGCCAACAACUGGGAUUCAAAGCACAACAAAAUAUCUUAUGAUUGAACAAUUCACGGUGAACUUCAUCAUAACCAACCUCCAGUACUCCACAGCACUUGGGACUCCCGGUUCCAACACAUUCAAUGCUUUGGAGAAAAACCUGGCCCAUUUGCUCAACCCCAUCUUCAGGGAGAGCAGCAUCGGCCCCGCUUACCUGGAAUGCAAAGUGAUGGCUUAUCGACCCGUGAGGGACAGAGGCAACACCGGGGUGGAUGCUGCCUGCACCUACCGAAGCGACUCCACCAGGCCCCUGUUUGACAGAGUGCGUGUUUACCAUGAAGUGCGCAACAAGACAAAUGGCGUCACCCAGCUGGGCCCCUACACCCUGGACAAGGGCAGCCUCUACAUCAAUGGCUAUAACGAAGCACCAGCUCUGCCAACUACGCUGCCUACUACAACGUUGGCUGCAGCGGUCGAACACUUCACGGUGAACUUCACCAUAACCAACCUCCAGUACACCUCAACGCUCGGGACUCCCCAUUCCCAAAAAUUCAAUGCUACGGAAAUAAUCCUGACCCAUUUGCUUGAUCCCAUCUUCCGGGAGAGCAGCAUCGGCCCCGCUUACAUGGGCUGUCGGGUAACAGCUUACAGACUCGUGAGGGACGGGGGCAACACCAGGGUGGAUGCUGCCUGCACCUACCGAAGCGACUCCACCAGGCCCCUGUUUGACAGAGUGCGUGUUUACCAUGAAGUGCGCAACAGGACAAAUGGCGUCACCCAGCUGGGCCCCUACACCCUGGACAAGGGCACCCUCUACAUCAAUGGCUAUAACGAAGCACCAGCUCUUCCAACUACGCUGCCUACUACAACGUUGGCUGCAGCGGUCGAACACUUCACGGUGAACUUCACCAUAACCAACCUCCAGUACACCUCAACGCUCGGGACUCCCCAUUCCCAAAAAUUCAAUGCUACGGAGAGAAUCCUAACCCAUUUGCUUGACCCCAUCUUCCGGGAGAGCAGCAUUGGCCCUGCUUACACGAGCUGUCGGGUGACGGCUUUCAGGCGAGACCUUGGGACUGGGGCUAGGAACAAUAUCCACGUAGAUGCUGUCUGCACCUACAGACGCGACUCUACAAGCCUCAAGUUUGACAGAGUGAAGGUUUAUCAGGAGCUGAGCAACAAGACAAAGGGCAUCACCAGAUUAGGUCCUUACAACCUGAACAACACCAGCCUCUAUGUCAAUGGUUAUAACGAACCACCCGUUGUGUCAACAGUCAGGCCGGCUACAAUUCCAAUUCCUGUAAAAGAUGAACGUUUCACGGUGAACUUCACCAUCACCAAUCUCCUUUACAGUUCAGAAUUUCAAAACCCCAGUUCUAGCAAAUACAAUGCUACUAGAAACACUCUGGCCCACAUGCUUGACCUUCUGCUCAAAAACAGCAGUAUUGGCCCUACCCACACUGGAUGUACAGUAGUAGCAUUAAGAUCCGUGAAGAAUAAUGAUGACACUGGCAUGGAUGCUGUCUGUACCUACAGACACAAUCCCACAGCUUCCCAGUUUGCCACAGUAAAGAUUUACCAUGAGCUCAGCAACAUGACAAGAGGCAGCACCAAGCUAGGACCCUACACGCUGGAUAACAAUAGCCUCUACGUCAAUGGUUAUAAUGAACUACAUCCUGCACCACCUGUGAACCCAGAUAAAGAAAAUCCAUUACCAAGACCAGAACACUCAACAUUAAACUUCACUUUAACCAACCUCCGAUUUACUGUGGAUCUGGGGAAGCCAAGUUCUCCCAAAUUCAAUUCUACAGAAAAAAUAAUGUGCCAUUAUAUUGGCCUUCUACUCCAAAAGAGCAGCAUUGGCACAGACUAUAUUGGAUGCAAAGUAGUGGCUUUCAGGUCAGUGAAGAAUAGGGAUAACACAGGAGUGGAUGCCAUCUUCAGCUACAGAAAUGACCCCACAGCUCCCAAGUUUGACAGAAUGAAGGUUUACCGUGAGCUAAGAAACAUGACAAAUGGCAUCACCAAGUUAGGGUUCUACACCCUGGACCACAAGAGCCUCUACGUCAAUGGUUACAAUGAACUAUCUACACCCCCACCUGUCAAACCACCCACUACACAAAGCCCAACACCAACAACACAGCAGUUCACGCUGAACUUCACCAUAACCAAUCUCCGAUUCACUCCAGAUCUCGGGAGACCUGGUUCUCCCAAAUUCAGUACCACAGAGAAGAUAAUGUGUCAUUUUAUCGAGCCCCUGCUCCAAAACAACAGUACUGGCCCCAACUACCUUGGCUGCAAAGUGGAUGCAUUUCGGCCGGUGAAGAAUAGGGAUAACACUGCUGUGGAUGCCACCUGCAGCUACAGGAAUGACCCUGCAGCUCCCCAGUUUGACCGAGUCAAAGUUUAUCGUAAGCUGAGCAGCAUGACAAAGGACAUCACCAAAUUAGGACACUACUCCCUGGAUAACCGCAGCCUCUAUGUCAAUGGUUACAAUGAAGUGCCUGGAUUAUACCCGAGUCUAACUACCCGACAAAGUCCAACGGCUGGGCAUUUCACGCUCAACCUCACUUUAACUAAUCUCCGAUACACUGCAGACCUGGGGGUACCAGGCACCCAGAAAUUCAAUUCCACGCAGAGCGUGAUGAAAUAUUAUAUCGACUCUCUGCUCAGAGACAGCAGCAUAGGGCCCAUUUAUACAGGAUGCAAAGUGAUGGCAUUUAGGUCCAUUAGAAACAGUGAUGACACGGGUGUAGAUACCCUCUGCAGCUACAAAAACAACCCUUCGGUUGCCAGGUUCAACAAAGUAGAAAUUUAUCAUGAGCUGAAGAGCAAGACAAAGGGUGUCACCAAGUUAGGAAUCUAUACCCUGGAGAAGAAUAGCCUCUAUGUUGAUGGUUUCCACCUCUCAGAAACAGCUACUAACAACAACCCGAUGCCAGUCGUUGUGGGCUACCAGCUCGGCUUUAAAAUAAUCAAUGAAAAGCUAACCAACCCAGACCCAGCUUCUUCAGAAUACCAGAAGCUGCUGAGAGACAUCCAACAGAAGGUUAACAACAUGUACCAUCAGAGCGCUGUCCAAGAUAAAUUCCAGUAUUGCAAUGUCACAGGCCUGAGGACUGGAUCUGUAGUGGUUGACUGUCAUUGUUUCUUCAAACCGGCACCCAACAUCAGCAAUGCGGUCGUCGAAAGAGCAUUUCAAGAUGGAACUAGGAAUGCAACUGCCAACUGGCUGGGAGCCAGCUACCAGCUGCAGGGCAUCUCGGUGGAUGUUUUAGUCACCGACUCAAUAACUGGUUCUUAUAACUUGCCAAGCAAAUAUGGAAAAGAAAAUUUCAAGCUGAACUUCAGCAUCACCAACCUGCCCUACUCACCAGAAAUGAAUGAUCCCAAUUCACUGAGGCAUCAGUUGAACAAGCAGCGGAUUGAAAAAGAGCUUCAGGACAUUUUCAGAAAAAGCACCCUAAAGAACUACUUCAUUGGUUGUACAGUACAAAACUUUAGACGCAUCUCUGGGAAAAGUUACACGGGGGUCGAUUCCACCUGCGUAUUUACACUGGACCCUUACACGAGGACCUUCAGAAAAGAAGAUGUGUACGAGGAGUUCAAACAGCUGACCAAUGGACUCACCGAGCUAGGAUCUAGCUACAAACUAGACACGAAGAGUUUGUUUGUUAACAAUUAUUCUCCUCUCGACACAAUGGCAGGAGACACUAACAACUCUGAGUUAUCAUACUGGGAGAUAAUCCUCAUCUGCCUUGCCGUACUGAUUGGUUUUAUCCUCCUCCUCUUCCUGGGCUUCCUGAUUGCCUUUUGCCUGCAAAGGAAGGGAAACAUGUACGAGGUCCAACAGGGCAUGUAUGGAAUCUACUUUCCACAUCUGGACUUGAGGAAAAUGCAUUGAGGCAGCACAGAGAUGAACUCCAGGUCAUCAGAAGCAUGCUUCUCAAUGAGGGAAGAAAAAAAAUAUAUGUUUACAGCUUCUGGAGCAUUUCUCCCUACUUGUCCCAUAGUAAAUUAUGACUGGCCUGAGACAACACCUUUCUCUUUUAUCUUAAUGCAGUAGGUCUUUGCACUUCAGCAAUUAUUUUAUACCGUGGACAACUGCCAGCAAUGCAGUUGUAUUAGGAAAAAGACAUUUAUUCAUAUUUUAUGCACUGCGGUACUUCGAGCAAAUAUCUAAAAAAUAAAUAAAUACAACGGUGAAGAACUGUAGGGCAAUGCAGCCCAGAGGGCUGCUCAGUAUUAUGUUUUUUGGAGAGAGCUUAAAAUGAUACUAACUUAUGGUAUUUUAGGGAAUGACUAUCGGACAUGAAUGAA